GGAAGCAUCAUCUCCGGGGGGGGCAACUAUUGCUUCUUUUCCAUUCACGGUUCCAGCACCGCAUUGCUCCACUCCACUACAACAUGUAGAAAGAAUGAACACAGCCCAAGUUAAGUCCUCAGUCGCUGUGCCUGCAGCUAGUACUCCGUAGUUUAACUUUUCACCCAGAAUCUGCAGCCUUUUGCGUUUGUAUGUUCUCAAAGCAGAUGAGCUGAGUAAGUCAGCCGGGGGUUGACCUGGCUAAUGUGCCCAUUCAAAAUGAUGUGCAAACCAGGGCUAACUGGCGCAGUGCUUGCCUUGUCUGGUGACAAACUGUACCAACACAUAAGUUCCAUCAACUAUUCACAAGAAGAGCCUCAAAACGUGCGCUCAAUUUCAAAUGCCGACUUUUAGGACAGACAAAAAUAGCUUAGAGGAUCUUCACUAGUGGUAAAAGCACAGCUAUCUCUCAGCUGGUUGGGUUGAGUGUUUGUGCCACUGAUUGUCAUCAACUUCUAACGGGUCGUGAACUUUGUUCAGCAUGUUGAUUUCAGCUUGUAAGAAAGAAGUUGGGCACUCCACUAUGACCAGUGCAAAAAGUUAGUCUGGUGACCUGCAAUGUACCUAACUUAGCAGGAGGUUAAAAUAAAGCUCUGUCCUUUCCUGUCUUUUUAUAUUUUAGCUGUGAAAAGAAGCAAAAACACAAGAAGAAACACAUUUGAUGGAAGAUAAGAAAAAGAAAAAACAAGAAGAGAAGAAAAAGAACGAAGCUACACAGAAAAAGACCACAGAACAGAUAACCAAAGUGCCAGACUCUGCCAAGCUCGACCCCACCCCUCCUCUUCUCCCCACCAACCCCGGUGCCAUCCCAUCCGUACCCCAAAGCAGUGGAAAUGGGAAGCGCGCCUCCUCCGGAUGCCAGCCGCAGACAGCACAGCAGCCGCAGACCUUGCUCCAGCAGCAGCAGCAGCGCUACCUGCCCAGAGAGGUGCCCCCUCGCUUCCGUCAGCAGGAGCAGAAGCAGCUGUUGAAGAGGGGCCAGCCUCUGCCCCCCGGGACCCUGCCUCUCCUUACCACGGGACAUCCCGACACUAGUGAACCUGCAGCAUCAACAGUAGCCAUAAACUCCUCUGCAUCCUGUACCUCUUCCUCCUCGGCCAGCUUGCCCACAGUACUGCCCCCGCAUAGUGGCCAAGGAACCCAGUAUGAUAACCCCCCCUGGGGACACCUGCCAGCUAACAGAAGUGCCACAAGUGCUGCAUCUUCCACCAGUCCCAGUGGCUGGGAUCAACUGAUAAUUGACCAGAAGGAUUCAGUGGCUUGGCCUUCUAUUACCCUCAGUCAGAGCCAGGCUUCUCCAGUAGGAUGCCCUUUGGACACUGACCUUGGUCACCUGACCACCAGCAGCAGUAGUUCAAGCAGUAGUUGUAGUGCAGUGAGUAUGGCCACGGGAGCCAAUAGUCAGACAGGCCACUUCCCUGCCAAUCACCUUAACAGCAAAUCCAACAGUGGGCCUAGCCCUGUCAAUCAUACUGGAACCAGCAUGCUCUCAAGUCAGGUUGCAACCAAUCGCAGUUGGGGAUCUGGGCCAGGAUCUUCUCAUUGCCCUGCUCAGUCCUCAGUGGGUAAUGAAGGGAAGUGUGACAGCCCAGUGGGAGGAGGAGGCAGCAGGGGCUGGGGUUCCUCUUCAUCGUCCUCCACCACCAACUUUAACUUGAACCUAAACCCUAAUGCCAACCCAUCUGCAUGGCCCAUGUUGGGGCAUGAUGGAGGAGGCACAGGGGGAGGCAGCUCAGGUGGAGCCAACACCAUUUCAUCUCCUCAACCUACACCUAAUCUCUGUAACCCUCCUGGCCCCCCACCAGCCCAAACCAGUGCCUGUUCUGGAGCCAACAAUAACAGCAAGUCUUCUGGGAUUGGCAGCGCAUGGGGUACCAUAAUGACUUCUGAUGAGUCACACCUCACUCCAUCCACAAAUGUGUCUUUCAGUUCUGAACCUCAAAACCUUAAAACUGAUGGACCAAAUCAGACUAAAAAACAAGAACCUCCUAGCCCGAUCCAAAACUUGUCCGGUUGGGGCAGCUCAUCUGUAGGCUUGAGUCCUAUGGGGCAGCCUCAACCAGGGGGUUUACAGGUCAACGGAGAAGAUGAUAACUCUUUGUGGGGCAACAGUGGCAAUUCAAAGCCAACGUCAUCAAAGGAAGGACCUGGCUGGGAUUCUGCUUGGGGCCAUGUGGGGGGUGGAGCUGGAAACUCCGGAGGAUGGGGUAAACCGUCGAGUGGAGACAGGGGGAAACAGCACAGUGAAGAGGUCCAGGGAGGCUGGGAUGCCCCCAGCUCUCCUCCCCAGGAUUCACAAGCCAAUACUUGGAGCAGAGCUGUGAGCACAACGGGUGCCAGUGAAGGGAGUAGUGAUAGCAUGGAAGGAUAUCCCCGACGGAGAGAUGACCCAACCAGAGAAAAAACAGUUCCUCUGCUGCCUGCCCAGGAUCUGGACCCCAGGGUGCUGUGCAACACCGGCUGGGGACAGACCCCUGUACGCCAGCACACAACCUGGGACAUGGAGGAUUCUAAACGCAAGAAUGAAGCUGGUACUGAAUCAUGGGGCCCUGGCCCUGCCACUCCAAGCGAUGUCCAGGGACCCUCAAACACUAACACGGGUCCUACUCAGAGGUCUGACCCUGGAAACAAAACUGAUGUGCCUGGUUCACAGGGACCUUCUGGUUGGGGUGGAAGCAUGGCUGCUUCACAUACAUCCAGUUCUGGUUGGGGAGACCCACCCACCAAUGUAAAGCACCCUGUUGGGCCAAGUGGAUGGGGUAACCCUCCAAAUGGAGGUCCUUCCAACAGCAUACCCAAGAAUGGUGCUCAGUCUUGGCGAGAAGAGAUAUCAUCUGGGUGGGAUGAUUCUCAAGGCAAGUCAACAUCCCAGGGCUGGGGAGAGCAACCCAAAACAUCAAACUCCUGGGGCAGCAGUGGAGGAAGCAAUAACACUGGGGACUGGGGAGAACCAGAAGAGAGUAAAAAGAGUUCCUCUGGCCCUGACUGGGAAGGAGAAUCGGGAAACUGGAAGGAAAACAAACGAGACUGGGGAAUGUCUACUUCAGGACAUGGAGGUUCUGCAGCUGGAAGCAGCGGGGGCUGGGGUGACUCUGCACCACAGCGCCCAUGUGGUCCCCCUCAAGGCUGGAUGGGCAAGCCCCAGGAUGGGCCCAACAGUAACAGCGGAGGAGGGACUAUAGGCUCUUGGGGUGGUCCAGGCUCUGUAAAGCCAGGUCCAGGAUGGAGUGGUGGUAAGAAAGAUCCUUCAAAUGAGCCAACGGGCUGGGAAGAGCCCUCUCCGCCUUCAAUCCGUCGCAAGAUGGAGAUAGAUGAUGGGACCUCGGCCUGGGGCGACCCCGGUGCCUACAAUAAGGCAGUUAACCUGUGGGAUAGGAACAACCCAGGGAUGGUCCAGGCUAAAGCUACGACUGGGGGCAGUAACCCUCCAGGUUCUAGCAACAACCAUCCCCACGUUCACAAUCACUCCUAUCAUGGGCCACCUGCACCCUUACAGAACCAUAGCCAAAACACUCAAAACCCAGGCCCUGCCAGUGGGGCAGUGGAUCCUUCAGUGCAACACCAGUCUGCGACGUCUCACAUCAGGGGUCCUCUGAUAGCUCAAGGUUGGGGAGAGCUUCCCAGCUCCCACACAAAGUCUGAGAGCUCUUGGAGAGAAGCAGCACCCUCUCCAGUCAGCGUGGAUAAUGGCACAUCUGCUUGGGGCAAAUCGAGUGGGAGCGCCGGAAGUUGGGGAGAUGGCAACCCAGACAACUACGGCAGGGGCAACCCAGCGAUGACUACAGUACCUGGCAAACCUGCCUCCACACCUAUGCAAGAUGGAUGGGGAGGAGGAGGUGAAGAGCUCAGCCUUUCAGGGGGUCAGUGGGAUUCUGAGGAGGGAGACAUGUGGAACAGCACAGCCUCCCAGGAGAGCAACUCUUCCUGUAACUCCUGGGGCAAUACAUCCAAAAAAGGCCCACAGAAAGUGAAGAUACCAGGGAAACAGGAAGAUGCCUGGAUCAUGAAACAGCUCAUCAAACAGCUCACAGACAUGGGCUUCCCUAGGGAUCCAGCAGAGGAGGCUUUGAAGAGCAACAACAUGAACUUGGAUCAGGCCAUGAGUGCCCUGCUAGAGAAGAAGACCGAGCUUGACAAGCGUGGGAUCGGGAUUGGCGGCCACGACUACAACAACGGGCUCAUCAACAAGCCCAUGAGUUGCCCUCGGCCUCCACUACUAUCCAAAGACCCCUCAACAGAUCCUCGCCUGCCCUUCAUUGAUAAGCAGAUGCAGAGUGGAAUGUUUGGUGGCGGUGGAGCAGCACAAGCCAGGGUCAUGCAGCAGCCGCAGCCGCCUCCUCAGCCACCAGUGCCGCCUCUCAGCUCCUCUCAGCCUAGUCUACGUGCUCAAGUGCCUCAGUUUCUCUCCCCUCAGGUUCAAGCACAGCUCUUACAGUUUGCAGCAAAAAACAUUGGACUGAAUCCUGCACUUUUAACCUCACCAAUAAACCCUCAACAUAUGACCCUUCUGAAUCAACUUUACCAGCUGCAGCUGGCAUACCAGCGUUUACAAAUUCAACAGCAAAUGUUGCAGGCACAGCGCAAUGUUUCUGGCCCUAUUCGACAACAAGAGCAGCAAGUUGCACGUACAAUCAAUAACAUGCAGCAGCAGAUCCAACAGCACCAGCGUCAGCUGGCCCAGGCUCUGCUUAUGAAACAGCAACAGCAGCAGCCCUCCCACUCUGGCCUGCAUCCUGGUGGGACCAAAACCUCUCUGGAUUCAUAUCCAGGUCACCCCCAGGCUCCAGUCCUCCCUGACCUGCAGACCAAAGAGCCGCAGUCAUCUCCCAACACCUACAGCCCCUAUGCUCUCUCUGGACUGAAUCCAAACAUGAAUCCAAACUGUAUCGAUGUGGGAAGUCUUCCGUUGAAGGACCCACCCCUACCGCAGUCCCGGCUGUCACAGUGGACACACCCAAACUCCAUCGAUAGCCUUUCUGGAAACUCGUCUCCUCUUGAGCCCAACCUGGGAAAGCAUGGUGCCAACCUCGGCCCACCCGGAAAGCCCCCUCAGAUAGACGACUCUUACAACCCCUACAAUCUGAUAUCAAGUUCGGAGUCUCCGACCAGCCCCUUGGUUCCUCCAGAGAGCUGGGGUCAGGGCAAGAACAGCAGCGACAAGAUGGCCAAUGGGACCAAUAUCAACUGGCCUCCAGAAUUUUGUCCUGGUGUACCCUGGAAAGGUCUGCAGAAUAUCGACCCUGAGACCGACCCCAACGUGACUCCAGGAAGCGUCCCCAGCGGACCUACAAUCAACACCAACAUCCAAGAUGUGAACCGUUACCUGCUGCGGGACAGGAGUGGAGGCAAGCUGUCAGAGAUGAAAUCAACCUGGUCUUCAGGUCCCAUCUCUCACAGCCAGGCGUCUCUGUCCCACGAGCUUUGGAAGGUCCCCCAGGGUCCGCGGAGCAGCACCACAACUCCUUCCCGCCCCCCGCCUGGCCUCACAAAUACCAAGCCCUCCUCCACCUGGGGCGGAAACUCUCUGGGCCUGGCCCAAGGAUGGAGCAGCUCUUACACCACAGCAGGUACCACAUGGAGUACGGACAGCUCCACCAGGACCAGUAGCUGGCUGGUUCUAAGGAACCUAACUCCACAGAUUGACGGUUCAACUCUGCGUACACUGUGCAUGCAGCACGGUCCCCUCAUCACAUUCCACCUCAACCUGACACAGGGAAACGCUGUGGUUCGGUACAGCUCCAAGGACGAAGCCGCCAAAGCCCAGAAGUCCCUGCACAUGUGUGUGCUGGGGAACACCACCAUUCUAGCAGAGUUUGCCGGGGAAGAGGAGGUGAACCGCUUCUUUGCACAAGGCCAGUCGCUCGGUGGAACAACGAGUUGGCAGGCCACCCCGGGAACCAAUCAGACCAGGAUGGCUGGAUCCGGAGUUGCUCAUCCUAUUGGUCACUCACCCCAUUGGAACAACAAUAACAACGGCGGCGGAGGUGGCGGCGGCGGGCUCGGAGCAGGUGGAACAAAAACGGGAGGGGAGUUGCUUUGGGGAGGUGUUCAGCAGUAUUCCAGCCUGUGGGGACCCCCGAGUGGGGAGGAAGGACGCGUCAUGGGAAGCCCCACACCAAUCAACACGCUGCUGCCUGGCGACCUGCUAAGUGGAGAAUCCAUGUAGGAGGAAAACUGACAAAGAGGAGCAAAAACCUUGCAAAUCAAUGUGGAGAUAAUCAAGUGUGGAUGUGAAGAUGAGGAGGAGAGACAAGAGGAGGACAAGGCUUCAUAUUCGCUGCUUGGCUUUGUCCACCUCCUCUGCUCUUUUUGUGUUAAACAACAUUUCAGUUGCAGUUCUUCUUUUGUGAAUUUGGAUCCCAGUGUUUCCUUUGUCAAAGAAAAAAUUUAACAGAAACAAACGGGAAAGUCACUGUUUUCAACAAACCUGAGUUCAACUGACAUGGCGACAAAGUGCCAUCUUAAAACUGGUGUGAUCCCUCACUGCCUUUUCAGGCAAUCAUAAUGCACCUCAGAGAUCCAUGGAAAAGGCAUCAUUCCCAAAGUAAACAAAAAACCCUUCAAUCAGAGUGGUUGUCACACUGUCAGCCGGUCCAGACCCGACAUUUAUUUCUCUCAGCACUAAUAUUAGCCUUAAACUGUUUCCUGCCCUGCUAUCCACGCUCACUCUUUACUCGGUAAAGAAGCUUACAGAGGACUUGCACACCCUUAUUUCUGAGCCAGUGAAACCUGAGUGGAAAGUACAUGCUGCUGCAGCUCACAACUUCAGUGCAUCUUUAUUUUUUUUAUUUUGCAGUCGGAUCGAGUUCCCCUAACACAUCGCUCAAAGGGAAUGGAUGCUACUUUGUUCGCCUUGUUCAAGCCAUUUAUUUUUGUAGUAUUUUGAUUUUUUUUAUGGUUUGUAUUCUUGAAACAUUUGAAAACAAAGCUUAGAAAUUAUGUUAUUCAAAUGUGUCUGUCAAUCGUAUCUGGUGGGAGGAUGUACAUAUAAUGAUAUGAACCACUGCUAAUACAAAGGAACUGUAAAAGACAAACACUUUGAUGCACCUCAGCCUAUCUGGGCUUUUCCUUUUUUGCAGUUUGGUCUCAGACUGUCUCAGUGACAUUUUGGAAGAAAUGAAAACCUCAAAUUGUUCCUUCCCCUCCGCCGCAUGCCCACUCCACCUGCAAACCCACCAUUUCAAGCGACGUGCAAUAUUAGCCACAGACUCGACCGUCCAAGCACCCGAUGACUGAAAGCAGACUGUAAGGAUAGAGUGAACUGCGAACACUUUAUCUGCCCUCAGAAAGAGAGGAAAAAACUGCCACUACUACCCUUUAUCUCCCCUCAGAGAGAGUGUGAACUCAGGAGAGUAGCAAGCUGGUCUUCAACCAUUCAUUUUCUGUCCAAGACACAAGGACUUCGAUACAAAGCACUUCUUCAGCCAGCCACCUCUCCAUAAGAUUGCGCGUGUGUGAUUUUGUGUGUGUGUGUGUUUGGGAAGAAGGCAAGAAACCAAAUUGAGAA